CACAAGCCAUAAUUAUCAACUUGCAAAAAAGUUCAUGUACAUGGAGAAUGCUAACCAUUUACCAUGUCAUAAUGUUAACCAUAAACGUUGAUAGAUUUUCAAGGAGAAGAGAGAAAUACAAUAUACAGUGUACUUUUGGCUACACGAAAUACAUGACAUUUGAUUGUUUACGAGACAAGUAUGUCGACUUCUCCUUCUGGCGAAUACUGCCUCCAAAAUCUAUUAAUUUCAACUGUUAAAGCAAGAAUAUAAAGUGAAAAGCAAUACCCGUGUUCUGUACCCUAAUUUCUGUUGAUAAAAUCAACUUUUUUCUUAUAAUAUCAAGGAAUUAGCAAUUGGUAAUUUUAAGUAUCAUUUGGCUUUUUUAUCCUGUCAUCUAAUUGUAGAAGCUAGCAGCUCGGUUUUUUCCUGGAAGGUUAUAAAUGUUGUGAAUACAAUUUUUUAUCUGUAGAACUUGCUUGUGAAUCUAUUACUGGAAUUUAUUGACAUUUUGAAUAAUGACGGAAAAUACAAAUGUUGCUUGUCCUGUCUGUAACAAGAGUGUACAGAUGCAAGACAUAAAUGCACACCUUGAUAAUCACUAUGCAUCACCUUCAAAAUUUAGGGAAAAACAGAAACCUUCAAGAUCCGUUCAGGAUGUGCUAUAUGGAAAAACAAAUACACAUUCAGUGUCAUCUCCGAAAGUACGAAAAGUCGAUGAAACUCUUCCUUCAGAGCAGACUCCAAAACGUAUUAAAAGCAUAAAGAAAGACGUACGGCCGCUUGCGGAGAGAGUCCGCCCCAAAACACUUGAUGAUUAUGUUGGACAGGAGUCUUUAGUUGGAAAGGGCGGAAUUAUCAGAAACCUUAUUGAACGAGAUGAAUGCCCUUCUAUGAUUCUAUGGGGAAAUUCUGGAGUCGGAAAAACUACACUUGCUAGAAUAAUCGCAAAAACCACGGGUGCUCAUUUUCUGGAAGUGUCUGCUACAUCUGCUUCAGUCAGUGAUUGCAGAAAAAUCUUUGAGGAAUCUCAGAACUUAUUGCGACUUACUGGAAAAAAGACCAUUGUGUUCCUCGACGAAGUGCACCGUUUUAACCGUGCACAACAGGAUAUUUUUCUUCCAAUGGUAGAAAAAGGGCUUAUAACACUAAUUGGUGCAACAACAGAAAACCCCUCUUUUCGUCUAAACUCUGCAUUGCUCUCACGUUGCUCAGUAUUUACAUUUAACGUACUCGAUAAAGAUAAUGUAUUGUCUAUUUUACGUCGAGCAAUGCAAAUAGAAAGUGAAAGGAAAGAAAGAAAACUGGAAUUGGACGAGUCUAUUCUUCAACAUAUUUCUGCAAUUUGUGACGGUGAUGCUCGCGUGGCACUAAAUUGUUUAGAAAUAGCUUUGGGUAUGUUGGAAGGUGGUUCAGUAUCUCUUCCUGAUUUAAAAAAGAAAUUCGCCAGAUCGUUCUCAGUAUAUGAUAGCACGGGCGAUGCUCAUUAUGACACUAUAUCUGCAUUUCAUAAGUCCAUUCGAGGCUCGGACGUAGACGCAGCGCUAUAUUACCUGUGCCGAAUGCUGGAAUCUGGCGAAGAUCCUCUGUAUGUUGCCAGGAGAAUGGUGAGAAUAGCAAGUGAAGACGUCGGAUUAGGCGACAACAGUUUACUUCCGUUGGCAUCAGCAGCGUUUACGGCUACACAACAAAUUGGAAUGCCGGAGGCUGAUGUGGUUCUUGCCCACUGUGCUGCUGCCUUAGCACUGGCACCCAAAAAUGUCGAUGUUUACCGGGCGUAUAAACGGGUAAAAUCAUUUGUGGCUUCUGAUCCUGAAGCAGGAAGAGCCCAAAUUCCAAUGCACUUGAGAAAUGCACCGACGAAACUUAUGAAAGAACUUGGCUAUAAUAAGGGAUACAAAUACAACCCUGAUUACAAAGACGGCCGUGUUAAGCAAGACUACUUGCCUAAGCCUAUGAAAGAUAAACGGUUUUUCAGAAUUCCUAUGGAUUUACCUGUAGAUCCAGAUCUCGACGCAGAUGAGUCUUCUGUUACUGAGUUACAGGAAGAAAGGCGCACUGAAAAACGAAAUGACAACUAAUAAUAUUAAAAUUUAUGAUCUAUGAAAUUGAAGAAGGUUUUUACACCUCACAGUAUGUUUAUUUGUAAUCCUUUUGAAAAUAUAGACAGUAAGUAGAUAGUCAGCUGAGAUCGUAUUCGUGUAAAAUGACUGUUUCAAACGAUGCUAUAUCAUUCUGCAAAUAAAUACUUUUACGGUUUUAUUAGCUUGUGCGUUUUACAAUUACAAAAAAAUCCUUAAUCCAUAAUAAUUCCUUACAAUAU